AUGCCCCGCUCGCUCCUCGCGUCGGUCAUCUCCGCAGCCAAGCACUGCCUUACUAGGAGCGAGUGGCACGAAGACGCAGUGGAGGCCACGCGACUGCUGCUGACGUUCUGCGGCUUCAGUUUCGACAGUCGGACCCUCGUGCGCGCAAUCGAUGCCGGCGUGCUUGAUCUCCUAUGGGAGAUCGGACGCUGCAACGCAAAGUACGACACGCUGCCGCUCGCGGGUCAUAUUGCGGGGAGCAUGGGUCUGGCGACUGCGCUCCGAGCGGCGAAGCGCGCUUAUGGGCGUAUCCUCGACUUCCUGGACAUGGACGGCAUCGACCGAGGGAGGAGCAUAGCCAUCAUACGCGAGGCGUAUGCGCUACACUACCGGUCGUACUUCGGGUACCGACAGAGGAAGGACUGGAAGAAAUAUUUCAGUUGCCACAAUGCGCAGGGCCCUCAUAACUCGACUGUGCGCAUCUGCGCGUGCGGUCGGACGUUCUAUUGCUCGGGAAGCUGCCAGCGCAUGCACUGGUAUGCGCGGCAUCGGUCCGUUUGCUCGGGCUACGAGCCGUGGAGCAUGAAAGGCCGCGUCUCCCUCAACGACGCCCUCUUUCUCGCCGUGCACGUCCGCGAGCGCAUUCGGCAAUGGCAGCCGAACAUCGUCAAGAUGAUCGCCCCCGACAUCGACCGCCUGCGCCCCAAUGAGCAAUUUUCCAUCACCGUCGACAUCUCGGACCCGCUCGUGCAGAAGACCGGCGACGUGUACAUCGAAGAUGUGGCGCCCUACUCGUCGAGCGACGUCGUCUUGAUCAAGGUGUGCUUCCGGGUGGGAUGUGUUGAUAGAAUUCAGCCAAUGCCCUUUACAUAUCGCCUAGCGGAUUUCAGAACCGUGAAGAAGCUAUCAUAG